GCUUCGCAUUGAGGAAAACCUUCAUCGCCGGCAAGAUGAUUAUCCCCGAGAACAACCGCAAAGAGAUCUGCAAAUACCUUUUCAAAGAAGGAGUUUGCUAUGCGAAGAAGGAUUUCAACCUCGAGAAGCAUCCGUUGAUAGAUGUGCCCAAUCUGCAGGUGAUCAAGCUGAUGCAGAGCUUCAAAUCUAAGGAGUACGUCCGGGAGACGUUUGCGUGGAUGCAUUAUUACUGGUACUUGACUAACGAAGGGAUCGAGUUCUUGAGAACUUAUCUUAAUCUCCCAUCGGAUGUUGUUCCUGCCACAUUGAAGAAGUCUGCUAAGCCUGCUGGCCGCCCCUUUGGUGGCCCUCCUGGUGAUCGCCCGAGGGGUCCGCCCCGCUUUGAAGGAGACAGGCCAAGAUUUGGUGAUCGUGAAGGAUACCGAGGAGGUUCUCGUGGUGGUGAUUUUGGAGGCGAGAAGGGAGGCGCCCCGGCAAACUUCCAGCCAUCUUUCCGGGAGUCGGGUGGAAGGCCUGGCUUUGGCCGCGGUGCGGGUGGUUACAGUGCCGCCACACCGUCUGGUUCGGGUUUCCCUUGAAGAAGAAGAGGGCAUUUUGGUUUGUAGGAGCAAGGAGUUGUGUGGUAAUGGUCUAAAGUUUUUGUUUUCUGUAACGCCAUUAACACCCUUUAGAAUCCUCAAAUAUACAUUGAAAACAAGACGUGUAUGUGUGUGUCGUGGCCUAGUUUGGUGUUUGGUUAUAGUGGCGUUUUGGGUCUUCAGUUCAUCCGAAAACAGUGGGUCGUGUGUUUUCUUGAAAAUGGAUUUGAGUUGGUGGUGGCAUUGACGAUAUAUAACUUCAGUUUUUCGUUGA